UUCUUGAACGUUUUCAGGUGCCUUAGUCAGAAGGCAUUUCGUUCGCGUCGAAUCGGUACCGAAGGCCAAGUGAUCUCACGACUUCUCACUGACUACGAUCCAGCCACUCGCCCACCCGUCCGAGAUAACGCCGAUCAUUCUUCGAUUCUGGUGAUCACCAACAUUUUUAUCAACCGAGUGAACUGGCACGAGAGUCGGGCGGAAGUUGAUCUGUACUUGCGACAGCAGUGGGAAGAUGGACGACUUCAAUAUGAGGUCGACCCGCGGGAGGAGAUUGAUCAGGUGGCCAUACCAACCAAUCGGAAAAUAUGGACGCCGGACACGUACUUUUCAACGGGGAACGAAUUGAAAACCGGCGAUCGACACAGUGCGGUUGUCGAGCCGUCAGGAUUCGUUCGCUAUUCACAACAGCGAGUUAUCGACGUGCCAGUGAGCUAUGGAAGCACAUUUCCAUUUCUGAAUCGCCGAUCCUUCACCCUUCGACUGUCAAGCUAUAACUAUCCCCUAGAGGAUGUGGUUUAUCUAUGGGCCAAUUCCCCUCCACUCGUGAAUCCUGUCGAGGUAUCAAAUGAUUUGCUCAGCGGGCCCGUCACUUUUGAGGAAGCAAGUGCUGGCGACUGCGUAGGAAACUUCACCGUCGGAACGUUUUCAUGUAUCGAUGUUGUCGUGACAUUCAGUUCUUCAACGAUGAGUUCUCUCUUCACUUGGUUCCUGCCUACUGUAUUCUUGGUGAUUGCCUCCUGGUUGCAUUUCUGGAUUCAUGGCAGCUGGUCGGUUCCGAGAACAAUCUCAGCCGCAGUCCCCUUCUUCAUAUUUGCUGUCAUAUUCGUGAGUCGCUAUGAUUUGUGCGCAAGAAGGUGGGUCCUGAGCGAGUUGGACGGAUCGUGGAGACUACUCGUGCCCAGACUGGACGACAAAGAUGAAGACAACGAUGAAGAAAAUCCGGAGGAAAGGGAUGAAGGCAGGGAGGAGUGCAACGAAGGGCAGCGACGA